CCCACACAAGUCAAGUCUUUUUUCCUUUCCCGAGCAAGCAUUUACACAUGCUCAAAUCGAGGCCCAGUAUUGAUCUUGCCGGUAGAUAGCUUCAAUUUUAGGACCACAAUGGAUGUUUUUACUUUGAUAGCAUUUGUGAGUACUUGUUUUCUAAUCUUCUUGGAAGCCUCCACAGCAAUUGAUUCCAUUUCUCCAUCUGAGCCUCUCCCCGAUGGAAAGACCUUAGUUUCGAAUGAUGGAAGCUUUGAGUUGGGUUUCUUCCGUCCAGGCAGUUCUUGGAAUCGGUACUUGGGAAUUUGGUACAAAAACAUCCCAGUCAGAACAGUUGUUUGGGUUGCAAACAGGGUGAACCCAAUAAAUGACUCUUCUGGCAUGUUGAUGGUAACAACCACUGGUGAUCUUCAGGUUCUGAGUCAGAACAUAACUAUUGUUUGGUCAGCUAACUCAAAAAAAGCAGCUCAGAAUCCCAUACUGCAACUCCUGAAUUCUGGCAAUCUUGUUUUGACAGAUGACAGGGAUGGAAAUUCGGGAGCUUACUUGUGGCAAAGCUUUGAUUAUCCAUCUGAUACACUGCUACCGGGGAUGAAACUAGGAUGGGACUUGAGAACUGGCCUUGACCGGCGUCUCUUAGCGUGGAAGAACUCUAAUGAUCCAUCUCCUGGUGACUUUACUUGGGAAAUUGAACUACAAGGUAAUCCUGAGGCUGUGCUCUGGAAAGGCUCAAAGAAAUAUUUCCGGUCUGGCCCCUGGAAUGGCAUAAGUUUUAGUGGUCUCCCAAUUUUAAGUCCUGAGAACCAACUUUUCAGUUUUGAAUUUGUCUCCAAUGAAGAGGAGGUCUACUACAUGUUUUCCUUCAAAAACAAGUCUGUGCUCUCAAUGGAUGUUCUGAACCAAACUGACUACACAAUACAGAGCUACGCAUGGAGUGAAGCAACUCGAACGUGGAAGCUUUGGGCAUACCUACCUGACGAGUAUUGUGACAAAUAUGGGCUUUGUGGUGCAUAUGGGAAUUGUGACAGUACUCAACUUCCAGCUUGCCAAUGUUUGAAAGGAUUCAAGCCUAAAUCACCUGAUGGAUUGAGCUCUGGGGACUGGUCUCAAGGAUGUGUCAGAAACAAGCCAUUGGACUGCCAGGCGGGUGAUGGAUUUAUCCAAUUUGGAAGGUUGAAACUGCCUGAUGCUACCCAUUCAUGGGUAAACAAAACUAUGAGCCUCAAGGAAUGCAGGGAUAAAUGCUUGCAGAACUGUUCUUGUAUGGCAUAUACUAGUUUGGAUAUAAGAGGAAGAGGUAGUGGUUGUGCCAUUUGGUUUGGUGAUCUAGUUGAUAUUAGACAGUUUCAAUCCGGUGGGCAGGAUCUGUUCAUUAGGAUGUCUGCUUUGGAAUUAGGAUCAACGAGAAAUGAGACAAAGUUGAAGAUAGCACUAUUAAUUGCAACUCCAUUCGCUGCACUUCUGGCGAUGCUUAUUUUAUGCUAUUACUUCUGCAAAAGCAAGGGAAACUCAGAAGAAAGAAUCAAAGAGAAGAAAGAAAAUGGCAUAAAGACUGAAGGCCAAGAUGAAGACAUGGAGCUUCUAGUAUUUCAACUAGCUACAAUAUCACAUGCAACUGAUAAUUUUUCACUCAGCAACAAGCUGGGUCAAGGGGGUUUUGGACCUGUUUACAAGGGAACAUUGGCAGAGGGGCAAGAAAUAGCCGUUAAGAGGCUUUCAAAAAGUUCCGGGCAAGGAAUGGUAGAGUUCAAAAAUGAAGUUAUACUGAUUGCCAAGCUUCAACACCGUAAUCUUGUUAAGCUUCUUGGUUACUGCAUUAAAGGAGAUGAAAAGAUGCCUCUCCGGGUUUCCUUCGCUGGACUUACCGCUGUGGCCUAUGGGGGCGUGGUCUCUUUUAGGAAAAUCUGCUUGCCAUGGAGUAGGGAUUUGAUCUGGCCCCCAAGAUUGGGUCCCAUUAAACGAGAGUUUCUUUAGUCCACCAAUGGUAAUAAAGAAAUGAUUUUUGU